UUAAAGUUAUCAUUAUUACACACAACUGUUAUAAACUGUUCUCUCAGCUUUCAAACAAAUAUUUUAUUUUCCUCAGUGAAGGAUCACACUAUGAGUUUCCAUGGACACCUAAAGGUUACACAGGUUUUAAGAUCCUCCUGUCUGCCCGGCUGUGUGCAGCGGUGUGGAACAUUGUCGGUGACUGUGACGAGACGUACAACUACUGGGAACCAAUGCACUUCCUGAUGUUUGGUAAAGGAUUCCAAACCUGGGAAUAUUCACCAAAGUAUGCCAUCCGCUCCUAUGCUUACCUUUGGAUCCAUGCCCUGCCAAUCUCCUUGUAUAAAACAUUAUUUAGCACAAAUAAGAUAAUGCUGUUUUACAUUUUACGCUGUGUGCUUGCUUUUGUGUGUGCUGGCUGCGAGAUUUAUUUUUACAAAGGUGUUUGUAAGCAGUUUGGAGCUAACACAGGAAGGAUAACUCUUGCAGUCCUGUUAAUCAGUGCUGGGAUGUUCAUCUCCUCCACUGCUUUUCUCCCCAGUAGUUUCUGUAUGUACAUGACCAUGCUAUCUAUGGGAGCCUGGUUCCUGGGACAUCUACAUGUAAGAUAUUAG